CCCCAGGCGGGCGAGUUCCGCAGCGUCGUGGAGCUGUCGGAGAGGUUCCCAGGGUUCGUCUUGCCAUGCCUGGGAGUUCACCCCGUUCAAGAGGUUUCUCCAGAGGAGCAGCGCAGUGUUACUUUAAAGGAUCUGGAUGCUGCACUGCCUCUCAUAGAACUUUACAAAGACAAGUUGGUGGGGAUUGGAGAAGUUGGACUAGAUUUCACUCCCAGGUUUGCCAGCACCGAUGAACAGAAGGAAGGACAAAGACAGGUUUUGAUCAAGCAGAUUGAGCUGGCAAGGAGACUGGAUUUGCCAUUAAAUGUUCACUCCCGCUCAGCUGGAAGACCAACCAUUAAUCUCUUGAAGGAACAAGGUGCUACCAAGGUGUUGCUCCAUGCCUUUGAUGGGAAGCCAUCUGUAGCCAUGGAAGGGGUGAAAGCUGGAUACUACUUCUCCAUUCCUCCUUCCAUUAUCAGGAGUGAACAGAAGCAGAAGCUUGUGAAACAGCUGCCUCUGGAAAAUAUGUGCUUGGAAACUGAUUCUCCUGCUCUGGGGCCUGAAAAACAGGUGAGAAAUGAACCCAAAAAUAUAUACAUUGCUGCUGAAUACAUUGCCAAAAUUAAAGGAAUUCCAGUUGGAGAAGUUAUAGAAGUAACUACACAGAAUGCACUAAAAGUAUUCCCCAAACUUCAGCACUUUCUUCGGAUAUAGAUUCAGAAACUGAAAUUUAUGAUGUUGCAGAAAAUAUUACUUGUGGUGUAAUUAAUAAAACCAGUUA